UUAUGCGAAUAUCCUUAUCAAAUUAAGUUCUAAUCAUAAAGAAUCCCUUGUAAUAAUGCAUGAAUAACUGUAUUAUGAGAAUACACCAACAAAUCUGUGGUGUGUAUAAGCAAAAAGAAGGAGUGUAAUUUAGAGACUUUUACUAUUGGUCCAAAGUCAAAAACGCAGCGUCGAAAAUGUUAGAACAAGAGAUAAAAAUAGAAUUUCUAUGGCAUAAUCACUUCCUAAUUUCUCCCACGAUCAUCCAAAAUUCUCCAGAAUUCUCAGUUACAGGUUUUGGAAGAAUGGCUCGGGUUUAUAUUGGGAAUUUGGACCCUCGAGUCACUGAGAGGGAACUUGAAGAUGAAUUUCGCUUUUACGGUGUUCUCCGAAGUGUCUGGGUUGCCCGAAGACCGCCAGGAUAUGCGUUUAUCGAGUUUGAUGAUCGGAGGGAUGCCCUUGAUGCAAUUCAUGCUUUAGAUGGAAAAAAUGGUUGGCGUGUAGAGCUUUCUCAUAAUUCUAAGAGUGGAGGAGGAGGCCGUGGUGGUGGGCGCGAUGGGCGUGGAGGAGAAGAUCUAAAAUGCUAUGAAUGUGGUGAGCCUGGACACUUUGCCCGGGAGUGCCGUUCACUCGGUGGAUCACGAGGCCUAGGUGGAAGGAGGCGCAGUCCUAGUCCUUAUUACCGGCGUCGUCGAAGUCCAAGUUAUGGUUACGGCCGCAGGAGUUAUAGCCCUCAUGGGAGAUCCCCAAGACGACGUAGCAUAACACCUCGUGGCCGUAGCUACAGCAGGUCCCCUCCAUACCGUUAUUCUCGCCGUGAUUCACCUUACGCCAAUGGGUACGAGUGAAGAUUAAGAUCAGAAUGUUAAUGAAGCAAAUAAUGAAUAAUUGUCGUGGAACCCUCUCUGCUAUAGUGUAGUUUUUCUAGGAUUGGGUGAGCUUACAACAGACAUGGUAAUUAUGUUUGAUAAGGGGUAUUGCUAGGUACUUGGAUUUUUAUAGCACUUGCAAAGAGUUGUAGCUGCCAAAAGGGUGCCUUGAACUCUGUUUUGUCGCAGUUGUCUUGUCUCUCUUCUGCAUACUAGAACCUGAAGGUUGUUCUAAUCUUCCCUACUUUAAAUAUCUAUAUUAAGUUGUGUUGAUUGUUUGUUUA